AUAUUCUGAUAUAAAUAUUCCUGUAUUGAAGCUUGAUCAAACGGUCGAACACAGCCAAUUUGAGGUUGAAACAAGGAGAAAUUCAUCUCAUAGCUGAACAUUAGCAAAGCUGGUCAAAAGUUGAGAAGAAAGAAUGGUUAUGUCGACAAUGGAGCGUGAAAACCAUGUAGAUCAGACGAUGGAGAAACAACUAAAAGCCUUCACCGAAGAGCGUUUGAACCAAGCAGAUCUUCAGAAGUCCGAACUGAUGACCUCAGUCGCCAAAGAACCUCGUUACAAAAACAUUGUCCACUUGUGGGAGUUUCUUUUGGAGCUGUUGGCGAGCGAUAGCUGUAAAGGGAUCAUUUGCUGGAGUAGGAAAGACCACAGGGAGUUUAAACUGAACAAUCCUGAUGAGGUCGCUAAAAGGUGGGGACGGCUUAAAGGCAAGACAGGGAUGAACUACGAAAAACUCAGCCGAGCCUUAAGAUACUACUACCAACAAGGAAUUAUCAAAAAGGUUCGUGGUCAAAGGUUGGUGUAUAAGUUUCACAAACUUCCCUAUCGAUACGAGCCUGGUGUAACAAGAUCUCCACAUCAAUUAAAAAAGAUAAAUACAAGUAUCGACCAAGAACAAUAUCAAGCACCAUCUCCUCAGAAAAUCACUGUGCCUUCGCCUGUACCUUCAGCCUUUCUUCCCCCAAGUCCAUCAAGUCCCAUCAACCCCGUCAUUACUCCACUCAGAAAAGAUUGGUCAUGGCCAGCUGUGCCCGUUCCUGCCAGACCGAUGUUGUGGUAUCCAGGCUCCUCACUUCUCAAACCACCAGCAGUUUUUAUUGGCAGAAGCAGGGUUGUGGUUCCCUACGUGGAUCCGUUGACGUCAAUUCCCUUGGGUUUUAAACCGAUUCAGCCCACACUUUAUAAUACGUCAAUACCAGUUUCAGUUAUUCAGCGCACCAUGUAAAAACAGCAUGUUCUGGAAUGCUCUCACAAAUUCUGUCAUUUGUUUAGAAAUUCAAUGCCAUAGUCCUUCUCUUGUAGCAAAAAGGAAUGAAAACAAGGGGACCAGUUAUGGUAACCGUGGUAAAACAUUUCUUUGUACAUAGAAAAUGAGCUUACUUGAAAUGUGUAAAUAACAUUGAAUGUAGAUAAAAGGAAAUUUGUAUAAAAAGUUGCUUUUGAAAAAUAA